AUGGCCAGCUCCCGGAGCAAUAAGAAUACGCCUUCGGUAUCGCAGAACAUCGCCGAUGUUGUCGACACGUACGCGUCACAGGCUAUAGGUUCAUCACAAGCAGAAUACUCGCGGCGGUCGUAUGAUCCUGUUCUGAGCGGUCAUGGACACGGUGAUGUCAGCAUGUCUUCGUCGCCAUCACCAUCCCCAUACCCCCUUUCAGACUCCAGGCGAGCCAACCUCCAUCAAUCCACAUCCACGCAUUCAGGCUAUCUCGACCGCGCCCAACUUUUCGGUCGCACGCCUAUCCAACAAAACGCACGUCCCACCCGCCCUCCUUCAACUUCGAACGAACGAAACAUACGAAAGCGAUCCUCGCGUACCCCUACUGGUGAUUGGGCUGAAGCCGGUCUUCCUGAACCUCCUAUUGAGGAAGAGAGGGUUGGCUUGGAUAAUGCUGAGGGUUUGAUUUGUACAAGUAGUGGCAUAACGACGCUGGGUGUUGGAGAGGGGACGCCGGGGAGGUUUUCGCCCUCAGCGAAGUCGCCUGCUGAAGAUGCGUUGAAGAAGCAGUUUGAGAAGGGUAGGGUAAAGCUGGCUAGAAAUCUUGCGCGGCGAACUAGUUUGAAUGGGAAGUCGAAGUGGGCUAGGAGGAGUUUUGGUAAGCAUCGUGGGGGGUAUGUGUCUCCUAAGACGUCUUCGACUGUUUCUGGUGGCGAGGAAGAGGAGGAGAAGGAGGAGUUUGGGUAUGUGGAUCCGGCAAGUGUACGCGAUGUGCUGGCGAGGGUGAAGGCGAGGGAGGCGAGUGGACGUACUCAAUCGCCCUUCGAUAAUAUGAAGCGUGCGAGGAAUGGACAAGAGCAGCGCGGAAGCUAUUUCGAAUUGAACGUUCCGCGCCGCAGUAAGAACGCGCACUUUGCCAAUCCAUCGGAUCCAGACAAGCCUUUACCAAAACUUCCGGAUCGCCGUGUCUUUUCGGAAUCACGGAAACCAGUCAGAUUGCUGCCGUCCAUGAGGACACCAACUCGGAAGCGCUUAUCCCGAGCCAGCAAUCGAUCUGACCUUUCGUUCUCGCCCAUCAUUGCUGCCAUCGACGUGGCUCCCCAACCAACACGCCAGGAUCUCGCUAUCACGCCCGUUACCACCCACCUCUCUUUCAGCACCACCACAACAACACUAUCUCAGAGGCCUACUACUCCACGUAACCGCACUGGUCUCACCUUCUCCCAAGCCACAGCAAUAAUCUACGGCUGUAUGGCUAUAACAGCAUCACACCAAGCGCUUCUUGGUCUGGGCGGCGACAUCGCUGCUAUGGACUUGAUCAUAGGUCUAUUCGGUGCUUUCCUUCUCGGCCUUGCUAUUUGUGUAGUUCUAAAAAUGCUGCUCGGUGCUAGAUUGCGACGCGUGCCGGGGGACGUUCUGCGAUAG